UUGAAUCUGUCCAAUAUAAAAUCUCGGGUUUAUUGCAAAAAUAAACUGUUUGCAACCGUUUGGACUAAUUAUUACCCUGGACUGGAAAAUACUGGGGACGCGCCUCAACAAGCAAGUGUUCACAAUCCGUCAAAAUCUCAGAUGCAAAACUGGUCAAGCUACGAUUUAUAACACGGUACAACAUGAGGUUGCAUUGACCCUGAUAGUACUACCCCAGUAGCCUAUCACGAGGUGAAGGCUGGGUCACAGUGGUCAGUAACCCAGCUAGAAGGCUUGGCUCCAGGCUAGCCAGCCUGCCAGCAGAGGGAGGGGGCCUUGCCACGGAACGGCCUGGUGAGCUGCGGAGACUAGCAGCGGCGGGGGGGUUGUGAUGAGCGGGAAGAGCCUGCUGUUAAAGGUGAUCCUGCUGGGGGACGGUGGCGUGGGGAAAUCUUCCUUAAUGAACCGCUACGUCACGGACCGCUUCGACGCCCAGUCCUUCCACACCAUCGGGGUCGAGUUCCUCAACAGAGACCUGGAGGUGGACGGGCGCCUGGUGACCCUUCAGAUCUGGGACACGGCGGGUCAGGAGCGCUUCAAGUCCCUGAGGACGCCGUUCUACCGUGGCGCCGACUGCUGCCUCCUCACCUUCGCUGUAGACGACCUGCACAGCUUCCAGAACCUGGCCAGCUGGAAGAAAGAGUUCAUGUUUUACUCUGACGUACGGGACCCAGAGAGGUUCCCCUUCGUUGUCCUGGGCAACAAGGUGGACAAGGAGGAGGGGAGGGAGGUGGGGGAGGAUGAGGCUCGGGCCUGGUGCGAGGAGAACGGCUGUUGUCCCUACUUCGAGACCAGUGCUAAGGAUGAUACUAACGUGGGAGUGGCAUUCGAGGAAGCGGUACGAGAGGUUCUGGCGGCGGAGGAUCAGAUCGACCACACGCUGUUGAGUAGCACUAUCGAUCUCCACGGCAACCGUAAAGUUCCGCGCUCUUCUUGCUGCUGAUUGGUUGAAAGGACUGGUUUCUCUCUCCGUCCAGCCUGUAGCAUCCUGAGGGCUAGAGAGCUGUUCUGCUCUCCACUGAUCUCUAUGGUUACUUACCUGAUGCAGGUACAAGCUGCUGAGACUGAUGAUCGGGUAUCAAUAUACCCGAUCAUGAUGAUUGGCUAUCAAUGCAGCUGAUUUUAAAGAGUGUUGGGUUGUCGGUAUUGACACAUCUGAUUUUUAAAGUUUAUCAAUGAGGUACAAUGUAACAGGUACACCAUGUUGUUCAACUCGGUCUGCUUUCAGCAGUAUAGCACAAAACUGCUCUUUACAUCCAGCCAGCUUCAUGUACCUGCCCUGUGUAAUGUUUUCAGCAUAUUUUGUUAUUUUUUAUUUAACUAGGCAAGUCAGUUAAGAACAAAUUAUUAUUUUCAAUGACGGCCUAGGAACUGCCUGUUCAGGGGCAGAACGACAGAUUUGUACCUUGUCAGCUCGGGGAUUUGAAUUUACAUCCUUCCGGUUACGAGUCCAAAGCUCUAACCAAAAGGCUACCCUAGCCCUCUUACAGAACAGUCAUUUUAAUCUGAUAAUAUUCAUGUGUCCUUUCUGUUCUCCUCUCCAAGAGCACAGGCUGCUUGUGGCACAGCAACAUUCUCAUUAAUUUCUUUCUGUCUGUCUGCUAAGUCUUCUAAGGUCUCAUAGGUACUUUGACCAGAACACGAUUCUAUCACACUGUCAGGUCUCAUAACAGUGGUUGACUGACUGACCAGUGGAAUAUCAUUUAAUACAAUACAUAUAGACAUGGUGUGUUGACUGACCAGAGGAAUAUCAUUUAAUACAAUACAUAUAGACAUGGUGUGUUGACUGACCAGAGGAAUAUCAUUUAAUACAAUACAUAUAGACAUGGUGUGUUGACUGACCAGAGGAAUAUCAUUUAAUACAAUACAUAUAGACAUGGUGUGUUGACUGACCAGAGGAAUAUCAUUUAAUACAAUACAUAUAGACAUGGUGUGUUGACUGACCAGAGGAAUAUCAUUUAAUACAAUACAUAUAGACAUGGUGUGUUGACUGACCAGUGGAAUAUCAUUUAAUACAAUACAUAUAGACAUGGUGUGUUGACUGACCAGUGGAAUAUCAUUUAAUACAAUACAUAUAGACAUGGUGUGUUGACUGACCAGAGGAAUAUCAUUUAAUACAAUACAUAUAGACAUGGUGUGUUGACUGACCAGUGGAAUAUCAUUUAAUACAAUACAUAUAGACAUGGUGUGUUGACUGACCAGAGGAAUAUCAUUUAAUAUAAUACAUAUAGACAUGGUGUGUUGACUGACCAGAGGAAUAUCAUUUAAUACAAUACAUAUAGACAUGGUGUGUUGACUGACUGACCAGAGGAAUAUCAUUUAAUACAAUACAUAUAGACAUGGUGUGUUGACUGACUGACCAGAGGAAUAUCAUUUAAUACAAUACAUAUAGACAUGGUGUGUUGACUGACUGACCAGAGGAAUAUCAUUUAAUACAAUACAUAUAGACAUGGUGUGUUGACUGACCAGAGGAAUAUCAUUUAAUAUAAUACAUAUAGACAUGGUGUGUUGACUGACCAGUGGAAUAUCAUUUAAUACAAUACAUAUAGACAUGGUGUGUUGACUGACCAGAGGAAUAUCAUUUAAUACAAUACAUAUAUACAUGGUGUGUUGACUGACCAGAGGAAUAUCAUUUAAUAUAAUACAUAUAGACAUGGUGUGUUGACUGACCAGAGGAAUAUCAUUUAAUACAAUACAUAUAGACAUGGUGUGUUGACUGACCAGAGGAAUAUCAUUUAAUACAAUACAUAUAGACAUGGUGUGUUGACUGACCAGAGGAAUAUCAUUUAAUACAAUACAUAUAGACAUGGUGUGUUGACUGACCAGUGGAAUAUCAUUUAAUAUAAUACAUAUAGACAUGGUGUGUUGACUGACCAGAGGAAUAUCAUUUAAUACAAUACAUAUAGACAUGGUGUGUUGACUGACCAGAGGAAUAUCAUUUAAUAUAAUACAUAUAGACAUGGUGUGUUGACUGACCAGAGGAAUAUCAUUUAAUAUAAUACAUAUAGACAUGGUGUGUUGACUGACCAGAGGAAUAUCAUUUAAUACAAUACAUAUAUAUAUAUAUAUAUGCCAUUUAGCAGACGCUUUUAUCCAAAGCGACUUACAGUCAUGUGUGCAUACAUUCUACGUAUGGGUGGUCCCGGGGAUCGAACCCACUACCCUGGCAUUACAAGCGCCAUGCUCUACCAACUGAGCUACAGAAGGACCACAUAUAGACAUGGUGUGUUGACUGACCAGUGGAAUAUCAUUUAAUAUAAUACAUAUAGACAUGGUGUGUUGACUGACCAGAGGAAUAUCAUUUAAUAUAAUACAUAUACAUAUUUAAUACACUGACAUAGACCUCUACAUGAAGCUGGACUUGAUCCAGUCACAUCUUGUUUAAGAACGGACAACAUUGAUUGCACACAUUACUGUACCAGGACAAAUGUUUACUGCACAAAAAGGGAUUUGAUUUGUUUGAUUUUCUCCAAAGGGAAAGAUGUUUCUGUCAUAUCUGUUGAACACUGGGUACAUAUCUAUUUGAGGUAGUUUGUAUCUACACCAGAUUUGACAGUAUUUUCUCGUCCUUCAGGCUUUCUAGGCCUGUCUGAAUCAGAUGUGUUAAUUUUCUCGUCCUUUAGGCUUUCUAGGCCUGUCUGGAUCAGAAGUGUUAAUUUUCUCAUCCUUUAGGCUUUCUAGGCCUGUCUGGAUCAGAAGUGUUAAUUUUCUCGUCCUUUAGGCUUUCUAGGCCUGUCUGGAUCAGAAGUGAUAAUUUUCUCGUCCUUUAGGCUUUCUAGGCCUGUCUGGAUCAGAAGUGUUAAUUUUCUCGUCCUUUAGGCUUUCUAGGCCUGUCUGAAUCAGAAGUGUUAAUUUUCUCGUCCUUUAGGCUUUCUAGGCCUGUCUGGAUCAGAAGUGUUAAUUUUCUCAUCCUUUAGGCUUUCUAGGCCUGUCUGGAUCAGAAGUGUUAAUUUUCUCGUCCUUUAGGCUUUCUAGGCCUGUCUGGAUCAGAAGUGUUAUGUCUAUGUGUGAGAGUUGCAGGCGACGCCUGUUUUAAUUUCAUCCCUUCCCUACUACGGUACGUACAGUUGAAGUUUACAUACACUUAGGUUGGAGUUAUUAAACCUCGUUUUUCAGCCACUCCACAAAUGUCUUGUUAACAAAGUUUUACCUACUACGGUACAUACCGUUAUUCUUUUGUUGUGAGAUCCCUUUCAUUUUUUUAGUCGGUCUCUCUUGACCAAUGAUAUGUUAAUCAAAAGUGUAUUCCUUAUAGGUGUAACAGUUCUUUUGUUUGGCUUAUGGCAGAUCCCCUUUUUAUUUUCAUCAGUUCAUUUAGGUUCUGAUAUUUACUGUGGGUUUUCUACCAUCUACAGUGGCUUGCGAAACUAUUCACCCCCUUGGCAUUUUUCCUAUUUUGUUGCCAUACAACCUGGAAUUAAAAUAGAAUUAUUUUUUGGGAAGGGGUUUAUCAUUUUAUUUACCCAACAUGCCUAUCACUUUGAAGAUGCAAAAUAUUUUUUUGUUGUAAAAAAACAAGAAAUAAGACAGCUUGAGUGUGCAUAACUAUUAACCCCCGAAGUCAAUACUUUGCAGAGCCACCUUUUGCAGCAAUUAUACCCCAAGAGACACGCAGAUAUUUCUCUAUAAGCUUGGCACAUCGAGCCACUGGGAUUUUUGCCCAUUCUUCAAGGCAAAACUGCUCCAGCUCCUUCAAGUUGGAUGGGUUCUGCUUGUGUACAGCAAAGUCAUACAACAGAUCUCAAUUGGAUUGAGGUCUGGGCUUUGACUAGGCCAUUCCAAGACAUUUAUAUGUUUCCCCUUAAACCAUUUGUUGCUUUAGCAGUAUGCUUAGGGUCAUUGUUCUGCUGGAAGGUGAAUCUCCG